CACUAGUCUGGUCGAGCGCUCUCUCCCGGUUUCCCCCCACAGGUGACCGCGGCGAAACAGGCGGCGCCAGAUGUGGGUCGGGAAGACCAGCGUCUUGCCCCGCGUGCGGGGGCUGUGGCCCGCAGGGGUCCUCGGGCGGAGACCGCUAGGCUGCAGUGCUGCGUCUGUGGCAGGAAACAAUUCUCCCAAGUGUUGGAAGUGCGGCGGCCCAGGGGGCCUCAUGCGGGGAGACGGGUUCUUUUGCCCACAGUGCCGCGCGCUGCAGCCACCUGACCCCACUCGAGAUUACUUCAGCCUCAUGGACUGCAACCGUGCCUUCAGAGUGGACACGGCAAAGCUCCAGAACAGGUACCAGCAACUACAGCGCCUGGUCCACCCGGAUUUCUUCAGCCAGAGGUCCCAGACUGAAAAAGACUUCUCAGAGAAGCAUUCGACCCUGGUGAAUGAUGCCUAUAAGACCCUUCUGGCCCCACUGAGCAGGGGACUAUACCUUCUAAAGCUCCAUGGAGUAGAGAUUCCCGAAGGGACAGAUUAUGAAAUGGACCAGCAAUUCCUCAUGGAAAUAAUGGAAAUCAACGAAAAACUUGCAGAAGCUGAAAGUGAAGCUGCUAUGAAAGAGAUUGAAUCUAUUGUCAGAGUUUCCUGGGAGGCUGUAGAAGUUGCGAGUGGUUGCUUGAAACACUGUAAUGCCCUGCCCAAUGCCCUGCCCGUAGGCAAUCCCAGCUUGUUCAUUUUCUCCUGCUUGAAAUCUGGAAAAUUCAUCCUACUUGAUGGAGGUAAUCAAAGCAUUUCCUUGUUCUAUUUUAUUUUAUUUUACUUUAUUUAAGAUUCUAUAGCCAUUUUACA